AACUUUUCUGUUGAUUGCAAAGAUUUUCCGCAGUCUUAAAUCCUGCAAGAAGGUUAUUACACAGUUUAUGUUCUGGGCCCUUUGAACAAAGGAAGGAGGAGAGAGAACAGAGGGACUGCAGGGAGAAAUUGCUGCAGUAAUUGCCACUUUCGAGUCGCAGAAAAUCGUCCUCAUUUACGAUGAUGGUUUUCCUUAAAUUCUUUUUUUUUUUUUUGUUCUGCACGCGAAGGGCGAAAAGACGAACGUGCGCUGUAUAAUUGUGAUCGUUAUCUUGUUAAUACAUAAAAUAAGUUUUUAAUGAAAAAAUUAUAUAAACAUUAACUUUUUAAUUAAAUACGUUUCUCACACAAAUUAUUAAAAUAUUGGCUUUCGAAGCACUGUCACUGAACAUUUCUAUUUUUACAUACAUUAUCGAGAUAAUCAUAAAUGCAUACAAUAAUACAUUUGCUACGACACAAGCUGCUGUAGAAUUAAAACCACAUUGACGUUAGGGAUUGAUCUAUGUACUGAAAUAACAGGUUUUGCGCACUUUGGACAAGCUGUGCAAUUGGUAACAGCCAUAUUUAAGCAAGGACUACUUAAAAUAUAAGGCAACUAAUAACUACAUUUGCUGUGCGUGAGGAACAUAUUUCUGCGGUCGACCAUUUUAAUAAACAAAUGGGAAUUUCAUCACUGUUUAAAUAUGCAAUGUGUACUUUAUCGCUUUCAUUAUCAGUCUCGGUGCUGCAGAGGGGACUGAGGAUCAAAGUCGUUAAAUGUAUUAUUUUGCUGCGGGUAUUUGCUCAGGGGUUUUUUUUCCAGGAAAAAAAAAAUAUGAAAAGGAGUGUUUGAUUUUCCGUCCAGCCAAAACGCCGGGCAGUGCAAACGCGGUGAUGCACUGGCACAGUGCGUGCGCCACGCCACACCCCGCUUUGCCGGGAGAGUAGCGACGGGCAGGUGGCAUAACCGAAGACGAGCCAACUGAAGGAACAAGGGGGAGGACAAGUGUAAAGCAAGUUUAAGUCCAGCUGUCCGAAUUCUGGACCAGGACCGUCCAGGUUUGGGGUGUCAUCGCUACGACCUUGGGAAAUUUGCAGUUAUUUUCAGCUUCGAUGGAUCAGCUCAAUGGACGGUCGGACUCUAGUGACUCUCUUAUUGCUGAACUGCGACUGGCUGCAGCCAACUCCACGGUGAAAAUGUUACAUGCCUUACCUCGAACCAAGCUGUUCUUGGAAGUAUUGAUCGUGCUGAUGUGUUUGGGCGCGGUGACAGGUAACAUUCUGGUGAUCCUGAUAGUGGCGGCAACGAAGACAUUUCAUUCGGUGACGUCAGUCCUCAUCAUCAAUCUGGCCAUCAGCGACUUGCUCGUGGGCAUUGGGGUCAUGCCCUUUGUGGCUGUAUCGGUCAUGAAUGACGCCUGGGUCAGCUGUGCGGACCUGUGUCUGUACGUCGGCUACACCUCCUCGGUGUACUGCACGGCCUCCGUGCUGACGCUGGCCGCCAUCGCCCUGGACCGCUACCGCUCCAUCAUCGACUGCCUGCGGUACAGCUCGCAGUGCACGCUGUGCCGCAAGGGCGCGGCGGUGCUGUGGAUCUGGCUCCAGGCCAUGGUGACCAGCUGCCCCCCUCUCCUGGGCUGGAGCGAGAUGGACUACGUGGGCCCCAUGUACAUCUGCACCUUCAAAUGGUCCAGCAGUCCCAGCUACACUGUGUUCAUGUCCGUCCUGUGCUUCCUGCUGCCCGCGGCGGUCAUCCUCUUCUGCUACGUGCGGAUCGUGAAGGUCGCCCGGGGUCACGCCCGGAGGAUCCACGACCUGGAGGACCACCUGCAGCGCAGCAGGGGGCUGCCGGCUGGCUCCGGCGCGCCCGGCCCUAACCCCGCCCACCUCCAGCCUCACCCUUUCUGGGACACGCCCACCUCCUCCCGGCUGGUCUACUACCUGAGCGGGAGGAUUGUUCCGGAAGCCCACCUGGACAGGAGCCACCCCGGUCCUGUCCUCCCUGACCAGUCGUGCAGCGUGACGGGCACACUCAACACCGGCGGCAGGCGACUGCGCUCGCUUCUCACGCAGCUGCAGGCCAGCGGCCCUCAGCACCACCAUCAGCAGGGCUCCCAGCAGCACCAUGGCGUGGUGCGGCUGCUCGUGGUCAUCGCCGCCUUCUUCCUGUGCUGGACGCCGUUCGUGGGCGUGAUGCUGGUGCAGGCCGUGGAGACGGCCCUGUCCCGCCCGUCCAGCGUGAUCCCGCCCGACGUCAUCACCUUCGCCUACUGGCUCCUUCUGCUCAACUCCGACAUCAACCCGCUGCUGUACGCGCUGCUCAGCAAGCGCUUCCAGGGGGCGCUCAAGAGCUUGAGGCGCAAGCUGCGGGCCUGGCUGAGAACUGCCGUCGGGAGAGGAGGAGAUGGGGCGGACGAGGGGGAGCACGGAAACCACGAGCCUUGCUCCGUCACGGCAACCAAUCACCUCCCCCAGUUUAGCUCCAACAACGCCCCCUCAGACAGGACCAACCGCUCCUCUGUCUUCUCUGUGGACUCAAACUGCACCGAAGUGUGCAAGGAGCCUCUGAGCGGAAUCUUCCUUCCUGGCAGUUCCUCCUCCUCCUCCUCCUCCUCUUCCUCUGUAUGGCAAAAUGGGGGCAGGGGGAGGAAUGUGGACAGGCUGCAGGUCCCCUCCAAGCCCCAAGAGGGGGAUAGACUCCCUUUCUCAGCAGCUACCAAGGACAGGCAAGCAACUUUCUUUUUUGGCCAGAUUACUGUCAAGGUGGAACAUGCUGCGGACUGAAACCAUGUGGGACAUGAACACAAGACUGGGAUAUUAUUAUUAUUAUUAUUGCCUGUUCUGUUUAAGGUAUUUUUUAUAUGUUUUGUAAUUCAACCUUUUCUUUAUACAUCAUACUAGGUACUAUUCUAGUGGACUUUCAAGUCAACCAUUGUAUCAUGUCAUAUUUUAUGAUAAAGUUGAUUAUUAUAUUUAUGAUCUGCAACUACAAUCAGAUAAGCAAUAAUGAUAAUACAUAUUUUUUUAUACAUCUUUAUACUCCUGUUGUGGUGCAUUCUUCUUAUAGCUAAAGCAUUAAUCUUUUUGUCCAGUGAUGUACUCGUGGUCUGGAAUCAAAAUCCUUGUCCUGCUAUGACUGCGGGACCUGGUGGGUGAUGAGUCAUCAUCCAGGGAGGUUGGGGUUCCUUUUCAAUUUCUCUUGCUUCAUCACGCAUAGGAACGGCUCGUCUUUUUGAUGCUGCGUCAGCUGCUGAGUGAAGUUUGCUCCUUUGGUGCUACGACUGUGCGGCUCAGCUGUAAAAUGCUGCGAAGAGCGUGCUGCUCUCCGAGGCUGACGGAGGACGUUGCAGCAUUUGGAUGGGAC